UUUGAACUCCAACAUGGCCGAUUCUAAUACCAAUAAAAGCGAUUGCAGUUUCUUUCAGAAAUACUGUGAACAUGCAAUAGGACAGCUAUCGGAAAAUUUGUUAGAGCAAUUUGGACAAACUAAAGAUGAAAAUUCUAGAAUUAAGUUGCUUUACGAAGUAGCAACAAACAUACCUAUAACGAUAAAUGAACUGAAUGGCAAAAACUACGAGCUUUCCCAAUCCGAAAAGUCUAAAGGAAAUGUAUAUUUUUCAAAAAAGGAUUAUUAUAAUGCGUUAAAAUGUUACAAUGAUGGCAUUAUAAAGUGUCCUCAAAAUUCAGGUGAAUCUCAAGAGUUGUUAUCGCUCCUUAUAUCUAAUAGAAGUGCUACAUAUUUUGAAUUGAAAGAAUAUAGACAAGUAUUAAACGAUAUAGACUACUUGCUAGAAAUUGGAAGCUAUCCAUUAAAUUUAACAUACAAAAUAUGGAUUAGAAAAGCAAAAUGUUAUAGUGCUCUGCAGAAUGAAAAAUUAGCUGCUGAAUCAUACGAGGAAGCUCUCAAAAGUCUCCAAUUUAGCAACCUUGAUAAGGAAGCUAUUGAGACACAAGAAAAGAAGAUCGCUACAGCUAGAGAAACAAAAAUUGAAUUUUUCCCAAAGCAGGAAUUAGUUGUUGAAGAAGAUCCUGACAUAUUUCAAGGGGGUAAAGAGUAUAUUGCAGCAUCCACAAAUGUAAAGUUUGAACAAGACCCUUAUCUAGGAAGAUACGCUGUUGCCAGUGAUAAUAUAAAAACGGGAAGUAUUGUUGUUGAAGAAAAUGCACAUUGCGCGGUUGUUGAUGCAAAACAUGCUCUCACAAACUGCCAAAACUGUGUUUCGGCUGUAGUUCAACUGGUAGCUUGUCCUACUUGUGCUAAUGUAGUCUUCUGUAGUACCACUUGUGAAAGAUUAGCAAAUAAAUCUUUCCACAAAACAGAAUGCCCCAUUUUAGGAUCUUUGUAUCUGUCUGGAGCUUCAAUAAAUUGCUGUUUAGCUUUAAGAAUUCUUAGCCAAAGAUAUUUUUCUUACUUUAAUGAUAAGAAAAACAAGCUAAAAGAUUAUUUAAUCGACAACAGCGAGAAAAAUAUUAUUAAAAAGAAGAUUUACCGAUAUGACGAUUACGAUAACGUAUUUUUCUUGUGUAGAAAUGAUCAUUUACGAAAAAAUGAAGAAAUGCUUCGUUUCUCCUAUAUGGCAAUAUAUCUUUUAAGGCUGUUAAAGUUUGGAAAAUAUUUUCCCUUUGAAACCAGCGAUAGUGUUUUGAAAGAAGAAGAAAUUUAUUUCGGUAGCCUUAUUCUUAGACACUUACAGCUCCUGCAGUUUAAUGCCCAUGAAGUUUCUGAGCUCAAAAAUGUUGAAAACCCAAUUUCGACCUCAAGAAUUGCAGAUAUUAGGGCAUACGAAAAUACUACCAUUGGAGCUGCUCUGUAUCCAACUUUAGCUCUGUUUAACCAUUCUUGUGAUCCUAGUAUAAUCAGGUAUAACGUAAAAAGUAAAAUAGUUGUUAGAACAAUAAAACCAAUUAAAGCUUGGGAUAUAAUCUACGAAAACUAUGGCCCUCUGUACAUGUCUAUGCAAGUUAAGGAACGACAAGAAGCUUUAGAAAGGCUUUACCGCUUUAAAUGCUUGUGUACGCCUUGCACACAAUUGUGGCCCACAUUUGCAGAGAUGAAAGAAUCCGAAUUAAGAAUACCUUGUAAAACUGAAGGGUGCCCUUUUGUAUUUACUCUGAAAGGAGAUGCUGAACCUUUUUUUACUUGCAACUAUUGCCAUAGUACACACUGGUGUAUUGCCCAAUUUAAAGGGUUUUAAUGAUGUUAGAAGAACUUUUACCAGAAGCGGAAAAUUUUUAUACUACAGGAAAUUUAAAGUCUGCCUUGAACAAAUUUAUUCAAGCAUUAGAAGUUUUAUAUAAAUUUACGUCGCCACCACAUCCAGAGAUCAUAAAGAUCCAACAGAGAAUGAGAAAUUGUAUAAUACACAUGGGUAACAGGGCUUGUGGCUAUAAAAUGAUAUUGUAGAUAAUUUUAUCUUUCAUUAAAUAAUAAAACAACACAAUUAAACU